AUGUCUGGUCUAAGCCGUCUGCUGCCGGCCACUCGUGGAGCUGUCAUUCGAUCGACUCAAAGGAACUCAUCGGGUGGAUUUUACGGAUCACAUAACUUCGAUGGUUUCAAAAGUUCUAUGACAGAAUCACUAAAGGAAGCUCACAGUAGGUCUCUUCUUCAUUUCACUUUUUGGGUGAUGUCUGGUCUAAGCCGUCUGCUGCCGGCCACUCGUGGAGCUGUCAUUCGAUCGACUCAAAGGAACUCAUCGGGUGGAUUUUACGGAUCACAUAACUUCGAUGGUUUCAAAAGUUCUAUGACAGAAUCACUAAAGGAAGCUCACACCACUAAGCAGACAUGGAAGAAGAUUUUCUUCUACGCCUCGAUCCCAUGUCUUGCUCUAACAAUGUAUGCUGCCUACAAAGACCACGUUAAUCACAUGGCUCACGAACGUCCGGAAUAUGUUCCGUAUCCGUUCCUCAACGUCAGAAACAAGCCUUUCCCUUGGGGAGAUGGCAACCACUCGUUGUUCCACAAUCGCAGUGAGCAGUAUGUGCCUGGCGUCGGAUUCGAGGAGGAGCGAAAGAAGCACUAG